GCUACACAUACUCUCCAGCCAUUAGACGUCGUCUGCUUCAAGCCACUGGCUCAAAACUACUCAAUUGAGCUGGAUAACUACAACCAACGGAGCCAAGGCAGAGCACCUGUGAAGAAGAGCAACUUCUUCUCACUAUUUUGGCCUGCCUGGGUGAAAACCUUCACCGAGACGCUCGUUUUGAUAGCUUUCAGAGCCACAGGCAUCUACCCACCAAACGCCGACGUCAUACUCACUCGGUUCAAAACACCUACU